CAGUAUAAACAUAUAUACGGGUAGGCUAGGUCUAAUCAGUCUUAUAUAGCCAUGGACUACAAACUGGUGGUUCUCUGUCUGUCCGCGGUGACCACAGUAUGUUACGGAGUUGGGCCCGAAUAUACCGUCCCGGGGGCGGGGACUGCAGACAAUGGUACAGUCACCCCUGAAGGGUUUGAUGCAUUUUUCAGUUCCCCUUUGGAAUUCUUUCUCUUUAUGGACGAAGUGAAAACCGUGUCGAUGUCAUACAGACUUGUGUGUGAUAACGUGACGGAGAAAGGUCCAGCUGUCAUUCCGUAGUGAGGAUCCCAGGAGAUUCCUCGUCCUCUUUCCCAGAAGUGUACUGAUUUCAUGUGAAAAUGCCACAGAAACUCUGGUUAGUAUGAGCAACACGUCCCAAGUGACCACUCCAAUAUCACCAUCGUCUUAUAAUGCGACUGACCAACUCACCGAAUUAGUCCUAUCUGAUACGGUGAACCUACAACUGUCUGGCGUCCUGCUUGGACGCUCUGACUUGGUCAUAAGCAUUCGUCGGUCAAGUCCGGACAAUGAUGUCAUAAGUGAAAAUGGAACAGUCAGUAUAUUGUCGUUUCCAUUCGUCGUCAAUCGGAAUAUGACAGCUCUGGAUCAAAUUGUCCAGGUCAUUGUAUACAUCUUCCUCAUCUUCAUCACACUGGCGUUUGGAUGUAAGCUGGACUUAAAGGUGGUCAAGGAAUCGAUCAAGAAGCCGAUAGCUGUGGGCAUUGGGCUAGGCUGUCAGUACAUUAUCAUGCCGCUUCUAGGGUAUGCCAUCGCUAAACUUGUUGCGUCUGACCAACCUUCUGUGGCUCUGGGGAUUUUCCUAGCAGGUACUUGCCCCGGAGGUGGGGCAAGCAACAUAUACUCCCACCUUCUGGAUGGUGACCUGUCACUUUCCAUCACAAUGACUCUCGUCAGUACUGUGUGCGCCUUAGGGCUCCUCCCACUGUGGGUGUAUACGUUAGGUCAAGAAUUUCUCGAAGACGAAAAUAAAAAGCUGAAUGUUCCAUUUUUCAACAUCUUCACCACCCUCCUCAUUCUCAUCAUCCCACUCCUUACUGGUAUCGGCAUACAGUUCAAACUUCCGAAGAUAAAGAAGUUCAUCCUGAAGGUCGUCACCCCGGUAACCGUCGUAGGCGUUAUUAUUCUUCUAUCAGUUGGAAUAUAUUCAAACCUGUUCAUAUUCAAACUUUUCAACCCAAAAGUGAUUCUCGCUGGUUGCCUUCUGCCGUAUUUUGGUUACGUGAUAGGAGGCAUAAUUGCGUUUAUUCUGAGACAACCUUGGGUGAAAGUUAAGACAAUAGCCAUAGAAACCGGCAUGCAGAAUGCCGGUGUAGCUUUCAUUAUACUACUGUAUGCCUUCCCACCCCCGGAUGGACAGUUGGCAGCAGUCGCCCCAGCAGCCUCUGCGGUCAUGACGCCACUUCCUCUUUUUGUGCUCACCGUUAUAUUUGGAAUAUACAAAAAAUGUAAUCCGGAAAAAUAUCAGAAAGUUGAACAGAAAGAGGAGGAAUCGAAGGAACCUGAACUGGAAAUCAAUGGAAAUAUCACACUGGAAGCCAUUGAAAAGGCAAGAGAGUCGAACGUUUAGUUGUACAUGUAUAUCACGUUUGUUGUGUAUUAAUAUUUCGGUAAACAGUACACUCAUUCAUCUUUAGUGAGUCGUAUCAAGAUAUGUAAGUUACUAUGGAUUCUAAAUAUGUAUUGAAAAUAUUUGCAUUUGUUGAAAGCUGCAUUAUCCUACAAAGUGAUGCACAAAAUUGCUCGAUGGUCGGGUGGCGCAGUGGUACAUUAUAACACAUGUGCACUCGUCUUUUGCCUCUCUGACCAUUGAUCAUCGGUUUGACCACAUGGGUCUUCUCUCGGUACCCCAGCUUCCGCAGCGGGCUGAAGUUAGCAGCGGAUUCGUUAUUCGAAUCCCCAAUAACGAAUAACGAAUCCGCUGCUAACUUCAGCCCGCUAGCUUCCGCCGUCUUCCAUCCGAGCCCACAGGUGUGAUACGCAACAACAACAGGAGACAAAUGAUUCUACGUACAUUGUAUUUUUACAUGUAUUUUAAUCUUCAUAUUGAUGAAAUGAUUCGCGCGUUUGUUAUGAUGUCGGUCAACCUUCCUGAAAAAUACAGCGAAAUCAUCAACAUUGUGUGCCGCCAUCUGUUGAUCGAUUACAGAUUUCAAAUGUUUCUAUUACUCAAUGAGAUAUCAAUGUAUUUCGACAUAAUACCAUGAACUAUCAAACAUCCAAUUCUGAAAACAAUAAUAAUAGUUAUUAUAGACAUCAAUACAGGCAGUGGGGUCAGGGGAAAACUAGGUUAUCUCGCAUAUUCGAGAUAACCGACGAUAUUUUACAUAGAAUUUUACCCUCGGAAUGUUUACUUCGAGUUAAGCAGAGUCUUCAAUCAUCAGAAUUCGAGAUAACAAAGUAUGACUUUUAUUUCGAAACAAAGACAAAUAUCACUGUAAACGUGGUUAUUUUCGCGGGGUGUAAUUUCGCGAUUUCGAUAUGUAAACUAUACGUGUUGGGGUAAUUUUCGCGAUCGGUCCACAUUCGUUUGUAGUUCGAGAUUUCGCAAAUUGGUAUCAAAAUAAUACGCGUGGGGGAUCAAAAGGACUCCAUGUAAUUAGCAUAUAUUUCCCCCUCGCGUAAAUGUCCACGUUUACAGUAUGUUCGCUUGGUUUGUAUUGACGGACCAAUUAUAGGACAGCGUGUUAAAGUAUGUUAUUAUAUAUUUUCAAUAUAUAUUUUAUCAAUUAUACGGAAAUACAUACCAAUUGGUAAAUUAUUAUCAAUUAUAGAUCUUUUGGUGAGGUCAUUAAGGUGUUAAUUAAACCUGGUAGAAUCUAACAUUGAUUGAAGGCGAAGCCCGAGAUUAUAAUUUUUAGAUUCUUCUAGUUAUAUAGGUCGGUAUAACACCAUAUUGACUCAUUCAAAAGUUCUUUAAACUUGUUUGCAAAGAGAUGGAAGCGCAAUAUAUUUCUCUUGAUAACAAGAUCACGUGGACAUUGUGAUGUCACAGUGUUUAUGACGUAACAAACACAAUAUUAACCCGGUGUUUCUAAAACUAGAAAGAUAAGGUCAGUAUAGCAGGUGACCAGGUUUCAGUCAAUACGAAUUGAGGAAAAACUUACAUAUGUACCAUAUAUAAUAUAUUACUAUAGAUUUGUACUUCUAUGUAUUAUGAGUCAAUAUACGGCCUAUCAAUUGAGGAACAUAUGUAGAACUUAUCCAAGUGAUUUAAGUGUGAGGAAUCUGAGGUGAAGGUUCAGGUGAGGUCAGAUUUGAUGACUGAGGUAGAGGAUCGAGUGAGGUCAGAUGUGAUGACUGAGGUAGAGGAUCGAGUGAGGUCAGAUGUGAUGACUGAGGUAGAGGAUCGAGUGAGGUCAGAUGUGAUGACUGAGGUAGAGGAUCGAGUGAGGUCAGAUGUGAUGACUGAUCAGGUAGAGGAUCGAGUGAGGCCGGAUGUGAUGACUGAGGUAGAGGAUCGGGUGAGGUCAGAUGUGAUGACUGAGGUAGAGGAUCGAGUGAGGUCAGAUGUGAUGACUGAGGUGAAGGUUCAGGUGCGGUCAGAUGUGAUGACUGAGGUAGAGGAUCGGGUGAGGUCAGAUGUGAUGACUGAGGUAGAGGAUCGAGUGAGGUCUGAUGUGAUGACUGAGGUAGAGGAUCGAGUGAGGUCAGAUGUGAUGACUGAGGUAGAGGAUCGAGUGAGGUCAGAUGUGAUGACUGAGGUAGAGGAUCGAGUGAGGUCAGAUGUGAUGACUGAGGUAGAGGAUCGAGUGAGGUCAGAUGUGAUGACUGAGGUAGAGGAUCGAGUGAGGUCAGAUGUGAUGACUGAGGUAGAGGAUCGGGUGAGGUUAGUUGUUAUGUCUUUGUAUAAAUUCUAUCAAAAGUGUUAAUUAUUCCUGAUUAAUAGAUUAUUGUUGGUAAAUAUGUUAUCGGACCUUUAUCUAAUGUUGAUAUAUAUAUAUUUAUACAAACAAAUAAAAAUCUAAACUCCGG